GAAUCAACUCCAAGCCUACCUCACACCUAUUAGUAAGCGCAAUGUAUUUAGUGGAGACUACACACGCUGUAGUAGUAGACUAAGAAUGUGUAGAUCAAUCACUGUUGUAGUCUAGCUAAUGGAGACAUUUAAAAGUGUCCCGUAAGAGACAUAGUAGACACAUCAUUUCGCUACAGCAAUACAAACCGCAUAUCUCCAGACACGCAGGUCUCGCGUACCGUGCGUGAUCCGAUAGAGAGAGGACGCGCGUAGAGGGAUCGAGGGAAGAAGGAGAGAGGACGAGAGGACACCGAGAUCUUUCUCCUUGUCUGAUGAACGAACCUAUUCGAAAAGUAUGAGAGGAACCGGCUAGAUUUAGACCACUCGUCACUCUACAGUUCGUAUGUUGUUGAGGGGAGGGUGGGGAAAAAAUAAUGAUCCUAUCCUAGACCUACACCAACGUAAAUCUGUAUCGCUGCGCUGGCAACUGUGGAAAACAGGACAGCGAGCAAGAGACUGAGAUAAACAACAUACAACAUAGGAAAGCAGCCAACUGCCUAAAACCAAAAUAAGGAACUUCUGGGAAGGAACCGGAGGCCAGCGCGGGAAGGACUCAUAACAGAUCGUUGGAAUAGCAUCUCGAAUAACGGCAGGUAGGACAUUUGUCAUGGAGUUCCUAAACGACUCCUUGGUCGGUGGAUCAGACCUGGACCUGAGAGCCUUCCACUUCUACAACGACUCUCUGCUUUUCCAGAACAACUUCAGUAUUGGCAACAACGAGACCUACGCCUUCCUCCCCACCGGCAUCAAGAUCACCAUCGUUGUGGUCUACAUGAUGGUCUGCGUGGUGGGGCUGGUGGGUAACUGUCUGGUCAUGUACGUUAUCGUCAGGUACACCAAGAUGAAGACAGCCACCAACAUCUACAUAUUUAACCUGGCUCUGGCUGACUUCCUGGUCCUCGCUACCUUACCCUUCCAGGGAACAGACGUUUUCCUGGGCUUCUGGCCGUUCGGCAACGCCCUCUGCAAGGCCGUGGUCUCCAUCGACUACUACAACAUGUUCACCAGCACCUUUACUCUGACCGUGAUGAGCAUGGAUCGCUACGUGGCCGUGUGCCAUCCGGUCAAGGCCCUGGACAUGAGGACGCCCCACAAGGCCAAGGUGGUCAACAUCUGUGUGUGGGUCCUGGCGUCGGCGAUAGGGGUACCGGCCAUGGUGUUGGGAGAUGUGGAGGUGGAGAUCGAACAUAACAGUAUAGAGUGUAACAUAGUCCUCCCAGACCCCCGUAACUACUGGGACCCGGUGUUCGGCACCUGCGUCUUCCUCUUUUCCUUCCUCAUCCCGGUUACCAUCAUCAGUGUCUGCUACAGCCUGAUGGUCAAUCGCCUUCGCAGCGUCCGCAUCCUGUCCGGCUCCAAGGAGAAGGACCGUAACCUACGCCGCAUCACCCGCAUGGUCCUGGUCGUAGUGGCAGCCUUCGUGGUCUGCUGGACCCCCAUCCAGAUCAUGGCUCUGGCCCAGUUGUUAGGCUUCAACCUGGGUAGCCUCCUCACCAUGGCCCUGAUGCACUUCUGUAUCGCGCUGGGCUACGUCAACAGCAGUCUUAACCCAGUCCUCUACGCCUUCCUGGACGAGAACUUCAAGAGGUGCUUCAGGGAGUUCUGCCACCCUGGUCCGUUCCGCCUGGACAGCCGGCAGCAGUCUGGUCGGAUGAGGAGCAUCGCCCGGGAAGUUGCCUAUAACUGCAAAACGGCGGAUGGGAAUACAAACCCCGCAUGACUAGGCGUGGAGCUGCCUCUGGUCUGCCAGGAGCCCCAGAACAAUCACCACCAAGGGACAGGGAACUCCAACACAGAGCUCACGCAGAUCACUACCCUCUAGCAGCGCGUCGGCCCCCUGGGCUGGGGCCGAACGGGGACGGGCCAAGGUAGGGGCAGAGCCUGGGGGCCAGAGGUAGCCCGGGGCAGGGGCAGAGCCAGGGGGCCAGAGGUAGCCCGGGGCAGGGGCAAUGUGCGAAUGGCCUGGUUGGUGCCUGACCCGGAUCUGUGCCGGAGCGAACAGCAGGGUCAUGUAUUCUAACAGACUUUCUACUCGGGACUAAGGGGCUCUACUUCUCUAUGUCUUUGGUAAACAUGGAUGUCAUUUUGUCAUAUUUUAGUUGAUUGAUCAUUUUUCGGGCCGAUUAAAGCUUAGAGUUUAGGUCUGUGACUUUAGGUCUGUGACUUUAGGUCUGUGACUUUAGGUCUGUGUGCUUCAAGGACGAUUUCCAGGAAAAGUCGACCGUGUUUUGUUUUUGCGCAUGUUUCUCUCCACUCUGAGCCCAUUGAGCCCAUUGUUUGAGCCCAUUGAGCCCAUUGUUUGAGUCCAUUGAGCCCAUUGUUGAUUGUUUGAUUCAUGACGUUGUUGUCAUUUUUUCCUAUUGUUGUGCGAAUGCUUUUUUUUGGUCUGUUUCUAUGCUGUAAGUAAUUACUGUAAGUGGAGGUUUCUUUGUGUAUUUCUGUUGGUGAAGAACAACUUAUCCUACUCCAUGGCCUUAGAUACAAAGUCUGUUAUAAAUGCUAUCCACCAUCCUGGAUAGAGCGUGUUAGUCAUUGAUGGUGCUUUACUGUUUGUUUUCUAUCACCUUGCAGGUGUAGGAACGGGCAACACAUCAGUAACAGAGACUUGCUUGUUUGAAGCCUUUAUUCGUUGUUGCCGGUGAAAUAAUCAUUGAGAUGAUGAUGCUGCCUGAAGUUUCUGCGUAAACAGAUUUUUGCUUGUCGUCCUGUAAAGAGAAGAAAAAAAAGAAGCAACAAUAUUUUGUAUUUAAUGUGUUUUGGAGCAGCGCUGUCUUAAAAGUACGAUUUUACUUAAAAAGGGAAAAACUAAAGUGCAGCAAAAUGAAAAUAUAUAAUUAUAUAUGACGUGGUGUGUAUAGAAAUAUAAUUCAUUAUAUUCAUUCUAUUUUUAUGGUGGUGUUACUCUGUAUAUAUAGACAUGCUAUAUAAAGGUAUGUAAAAGUAUAUAAGUAUAUAAGUAUUGUUACAGUCAUCUAUCUAAGACACUUCUGAGACUUCUGUCUUUAUAUAUGAAUCAUGUUAUUGGUGUAUAUCUGUAUGCGUGCUGUUUGUGUCCAGAGGUGCAGGUAGAAUCUUUCCUAAAGUUGCAAAAUUCUGGUAACUUUCCCAAAAAGUAUUGGUUUGGGGAUUCCAGAUGUCCUGCUUAUUCCCUCCUGAUUCCUGGAAUCUUUCAACCAGGUUUUUCCUGGAAUAACAGGGAAUUCUGGGAAAGUUAUCAGAGGAUUUCCAUUAGUUUACAUUUCCAGACCACUUGAAUGUCAACAGAAAAUUCUCCAAAAAGCCAAAUCUAGCAAAAAACAGUUGUUGUAAUUAAUAUUAAAAGAGAUAAACAGUGUUUGCAUAAAUGGUUGUUGCUGUAAUUAAAGAUUGUAACAGUAUGUUUACUCAUGAACUGCAUUUUACGUGGCUAUUUAUUAUUAUUAAUGAAUGGUUAAUUUGCUGAUGCUAAAGACAUUUUAUAUGCUAGCCAACUUGUUGUUGAUGCUAAAGACAGUUGAUAUGCUAGGCAACUUGUUGUUGAUGCUAAAGACAUUUUAUAUGCUAGCCAACUUGUUGUUGAUGCUAAAGACAGUUGAUAUGCUAGGCAACUUGUUGUUGAUGCUAAAGACAGUUGAUAUGCUAGGCAACUUGUUGUUGAUGCUAAAGACAGUUGAUAUGCUAGGCAACUUGUUGUUGAUGCUAAAGACAGUUGAUAUGCUAGGCAACUUGUUGUUGAUGCUAAAGACAUUUUAUAUGCUAGCCAACUUGUUGUUGAUGCUAGAGACAGUUGAUAUGCUAGCCAACUUGUUGUUGAUGCUAAAGACAGUUGAUAUGCUAGCCAACUUGUUGUUGAUGCUAAAGACAGUUGAUAUGCUAGGCAACUUGUUGUUGAUGCUAAAGACAUUUUAUAUGCUAGCCAACUUGUUGUUGAUGCUAGAGACAGUUGAUAUGCUAGCCAACUUGUUGUUGAUGCUAAAGACAGUUGAUAUGCUAGCCAACUUGUUGUUGAUGCUAAAGACAGUUGAUAUGCUAGCCAACUUGUUGUUGAUGCUAAAGACAGUUGAUAUGCUAGCCAACUUGUUGUUGAUGCUAAAGACAGUUGAUAUGCUAGCCAACUUGUUGUUGAUGCUAAAGACAUUUUGUAUGCUAGCCAACUUGUUGUUGAUGCUAAAGACAGUUGAUAUGCUAGCCAACUUGUUGUUGAUGCUCAAGACAGUUGAUAUGCUAGCCAACUUGUUGUUGAUGCUAAAGACAGUUGAUAUGCUGGCCAACUUGUUGUUGAUGCUAAAGACAGUUGAUAUGCUAGCCAACUUGUUGUUGAUGCUAAAGACAGUUGAUAUGCUAGCCAACUUGUUGUUGAUGCUAAAGACAGUUGAUAUGCUAGCCAACUUGUUGUUGAUGCUAAAGACAGUUGAUAUGCUAGCCAACUUGUUGUUGAUGCUAAAGACAUUUUGUAUGCUAGCCAACUUGUUGUUGAUGCUAAAGACAGUUGAUAUGCUAGCCAACUUGUUGUUGAUGCUAAAGACAGUUGAUAUGCUAACCAACUUGUUGUUGAUGCUAAAGACAGUUGAUAUGCUAACCAACUUGUUGUUGAUGCUAAAGACAGUUGAUAUGAUAGCCAACUUGUUGUUGAUGCUAAAGACAGUUGAUAUGCUAACCAACUUGUUGUUGAUGCUAAAGACAGUUGAUAUGCUAGCCAACUUGUUGUUGAUGCUAAAGACAGUUGAUAUGCUAGCCAGCUUGUUGUUGAUGCUAAAGACAGUUGAUAUGCUAGCCAACUUGUUGUUGAUGCUAAAGACAGUUGAUAUGCUGGCCAACUUGUUGUUGAUGCUAAAGACAGUUGAUAUGCUAACCAACUUGUUGUUGAUGCUAAAGACAGUUGAUAUGAUAGCCAACUUGUUGUUGAUGUUAAAGACAGUUGAUAUGCUGGCAAACUUGUUGUUGAUGCUAAAGACAGUUGAUAUGCUAGCCAACUUGUUUUUGAUGCUAAAGACAGUUGAUAUGCUAGCCAACUUGUUGUUGAUGCUAAAGACAGUUGAUAUGCUAGCCAACUUGUUGUUGAUGCUAAAGACAGUUGAUAUGCUAGCCAACUUGUUGUUGAUGCUAAAGACAGUUGAUAUGCUAGCCAACUUGUUGUUGAUGCUAAAGACAUUUUGUAUGCUAGCCAACUUGUUGUUGAUGCUAAAGACAGUUGAUAUGCUAGCCAGCUUGUUGUUGAUGCUAAAGACAGUUGAUAUGCUAGCCAACUUGUUGUUGAUGCUAAAGACAGUUGAUAUGCUAGCCAACUUGUUGUUGAUGCUAAAGACAGUUGAUAUGCUAGCCAGCUUGUUGUUGAUGCUAAAGACAGUUGAUAUGCUAGCCAACUUGUUGUUGAUGCUAAAGACAGUUGAUAUGCUAGCCAACUUGUUGAUGCUAAAGACAGUUGAUAUGCUAGCCAGCUUGUUGUUGAUGCUAAAGACAGUUGAUAUGCUAGCCAGCUUGUUGUUGAUGCUAAAGAACAUUUGCUGAAGCUUGAAUUUGAAAAUUGUAUAUUUUUAAUCUGCAUAUUAAUAAAAUGGUGUUGAUGGGAAGCUUC